UUACAAAAAGAUUAAUAUUAUUAUAUUAGCAAACAGACGAAUGCAGAACCACUUGUCCUUCGAAAGAGAACCAAUGGCGAUGAAAUAGAAUCGAUACCCAUCCCUCAUCAUCGCAAACCCUAGGAAUUAUUGCACUCCGUUCCUGUCACCAUAUCCAUUUCCACUCAAUUACCAUUUCAAUUCGAUCUCGUCGCUGACGAUCAUCUAUAGUGUCAAUUUUGUCUCUGCCAUUUCUCUGCAGACAGUCGAAUUCGUUUUAUUGCCGAUUUAUAGCGAAUUCUAUCCAUAGUCCACUCAGAAGUCACGUAGAUUGUCAUUUCAGCGAUGAAUCUAGGGGAGAAUAACGCGUGCGUGAUCGCCGGAGUACUGUUCCUUGUCAGCAUCGUUUUUUUGAAGCUUGUCUGGGGUUUUGUGGCGCCCAAUUCGAGAAAAAGGCUACCCCCGGUUGUAAAGACAUUUCCUUUGAUCGGAGGGCUCAUUCGGUUCCUGAAUGGGCCUGUCGUGAUGGUCAGGGAAGAAUAUGCGAAGCUUGGGAGUGUGUUCACUCUCAACUUGCUCCACCGGCGCAUUACGUUCUUCAUCGGGCCAGAUGUCUCGUCUCACUUCUUCAAGGCGCCGGAGUCGGAUCUAAGCCAACAGGAGGUGUACCAGUUCAAUGUCCCUACCUUUGGGCCUGGGGUGGUAUUUGAUGUGGAUUACUCCGUGAGGCAGGAACAGUUCAGGUUUUUUACGGAGGCGUUGAGGGUUAACAAGUUGAGAAGCUAUGUUGAUCAGAUGGUUCUUGAGGCUGAGGACUACUUCUCAAAGUGGGGAGAUAGUGGCACUGUUGAUCUAAAAUAUGAGCUUGAGCACCUCAUCAUCUUGACUGCCAGUCGAUGCCUUUUAGGUCGUGAAGUAAGAGACAAGCUCUUUGACGAUGUGUCUGCUCUUUUUCAUGAUCUUGACAAUGGGAUGCGCCCAAUCAGCGUCAUCUUCCCCUACCUCCCAAUCCCUGCACAUAGACAACGCGACCGGGCUCGGUUCCGAAUUUCUGAGAUCUUCGCAACCAUCAUCAAAUCCCGCAAAUGCUCUGGAAUCACUGAGGAUGAUAUGCUGCAGUGCUUCAUUGAUUCCAAAUACAAGAACGGUCGUCCGACCACCGAGGUAGAGAUUACAGGCCUUCUUAUUGCAGCCCUGUUUGCUGGACAGCACACCAGCUCCAUCACCUCUACCUGGACCGGAGCCUAUCUACUGAAAUACAAUCAAUACUUAUCAGCGGCGCUUGACGAGCAGAAGCGACUAAUGAAGAAAUAUGGCGAUAAAGUUGAUCAUGAUAUCCUGUCUGAAAUGGAUGUUCUGUAUCGUUGCAUUAAGGAAGCCCUCAGGCUCCACCCUCCUCUCAUCAUGCUUCUUCGUCAAUCUCACAGCGAAUUCACAGUGAAGACAAAGGAGGGAAUCGAGUAUGUAAUACCAAAGGGACAUAUUGUUGCCACUUCACCCGCCUUUGCGAACCGGCUUCCGUCCAUCUACAAGGACCCUGAUACUUAUGACCCCGACCGAUUUUCGCCCGGGAGGGAGGAGGACAAGGUGGCCGGAGCCUUCUCCUACAUCUCAUUCGGUGGUGGAAGGCAUGGUUGUCUUGGCGAACCAUUUGCGUACCUGCAAAUAAAGGCAAUCUGGAGCCAUCUUCUCAGAAACUUUGACUUUGAGCUCAUCUCUCCUUUCCCAGAAAUUGACUGGAAUGCCAUGGUGGUUGGUGUGAAGGGUGAGGUCAUGGUGAGGUACAAGAGGAGGAAGCUCGUAGUUGAGGAAUGACUGAUCUGGAGCCAGCGUUGUGCUUCUCUUCCUAAGGAUAUGUGAUUCAUUGAUCAAAUUUGUUGUUCUAUGCUCUGUUCCUGAAAAUCGGUUUGUCUUUCUACCUGAACUUGUUUUGCAUUCCUGUCUGAAGCAUUUUUUUUCUCUAGAUAUUGGUCGAACUAUGCAUCUUUCACAUGCUUCUUGCAUUGUUGUGUGGGUUGUUGGUGGAUUUGUCAUGAAGUUCAAAAAUCGUUUAAAUAUUGGUUUUUUAGGCUUUUAGAUAUUUCUCA